AUGCGCACUAAUAAACUAUAUGCUAAUGCCUCUAAGUGCAUCUUCGGUGCCGAAGAAAUUCCCUUUCUAGGGUGCUUCAUUGGGAAGCGAGGACUACGAGCGGAUCCCGCCAAAGUCAAAGCCAUAGUCGAUUGGCCUGUUCCACAAUCUCAGAAGGACUUGCGUAAAUGGCUUGGCCUUGCCAAUUACUUACACAAGUAUAGCGAAAAUUACGCUGAUAUGGCUCGGCCGUUAUCCAAUCUCCUUAAAAAGGAUGUGGAAUGGUGUUGGCAUGCCGAACACGAAAAUGCUUUUCAAGCAGUGAAGGCAAGCCUUCUACAUGCUCCUAUUUUGGCUUUGCCAGACCCUGACCGACCGUUUAGCGUCGUCUGUGACGCAUCGGAUUUUGCCAUUGGCAGUGCUCUGUUACAAUCAGAUGAUGAAGGCCGUGAGCGUGUAAUCGCUUUUGAAUCUCGCCAGCUGAAAGCUGCAGAAAAGAACUAUCCAGUUCACGACAAAGAGCUACUUGCGAUGAAGUAUGCCCUGGUCAGAUUCAGAGUUCAUCUGCUGGGCUCAAAGCCUUUUGUGAUCUAUACCGAUCAUGCGUCGUUACGCACUGCGACUCAGUCGCCGCAUCUCUCGCAGAGAAUGGCCAGAUGGCUGUCAUUCUUUGCCGAAUAUAACUUCGAGGUUAAUUAUAAGCCGGGCAAGCAAAAUGCUUUGGCUGAUGCGUUGUCACGCAGACUUGAUUAUGAGCUUGCUCAUGUGACGACGUUGUCGUCUUCUAUCAGUGAUCUCAUUCGAUCGGCAUAUGCUAAAGAUGAUCACUGUAUAGCGUUGCUACAUGCUCUUGGUAGUGAUGAGUUUAAAGACUCGGACAUUAAAUUGUCGGCACGAUUACGUGCUAGCCUCCAUCGAUAUUCUAUCGAUGAGGGGAUGUUGUACUAUCGUACAGAUGUGGCGGAUCCUCCGCGUAUUGUGGUUCCUCAUGACGAGGAUCUGAAGUAUCGUAUCCUCUAUGAGGUACAUGACACCGCCAUCGGUGGCCAUUUGGGUCGCGAAAAGACCUAUGGGGCAGUAUGCCAAAGUUAUUGGUGGCCCAAAUUAUACAAAUGGGUGAGCACAUAUGUGCGUACGUGUGAAACGUGUCAACGGGUGAAACCUUCACCCCAUUCGGCAGCGCCGCUGGCUAGUUUGCCUAUUCCCACUGGGUGCAUUAGUAUGGACUUUGUAUUUGGCCUACCGAAAGAUUCGCAUGGCAAUACAGGUAUUGUGGUCUUUGCUGACCGCUUGAGCAAGAUGGCUCACUUAGCGGCUGUGCCAGACUCGAUCGAUGGUGUGGGUACAGCGGAGCUGUUUAUCGAUCGUUUGUUUCGCCAACACGGCUUGCCAGUGGCAAUUGUCUCUGAUCGUGAUCCUCGUUUUACGAGUAAAUUUGGAAAUCCGUCUUCCAGGUGCUGGGCACACGUGUGGACAUGUCCACAGCAGAUCAUCCGCAGACCGAUGGUCAAACUGAACGCGUAA